CACACUAGUCGGGCAAGUCGGCUAAUCGUACGCUAAGAUACCUGUGUGUGUUGUUGUUCACUUUCGUCUUUUUUUCUCCUCCGUUCUAAUAAAUAUCCUCCUAUUUUCUCCGCAAUUCUAUUUUGAUUUGAUUCCCCAAAAACCCCCAAAUUUAUCGAACUCUAUUUCCCUGCAAUUUCAGUAAACCCUAAAAAACCCUAAAUCGAGAAACAUGAGUUACAAUCACUACGACAAUCGCUACUCCGACCCUUCCUCCUACCGCGAACGUCGCAGUGAUUUGAUUGGGCCUCCACCACCUAUGGGUGGUCCGGUGGGCGGUGCCCCACCACCUUAUAGACCUUAUGGUGGGCCGACUAUGAUUGGGCCCCAUUUACCGGCAUCCGGGUCAAAUGGGUACCCUCCUUUCGAAGCUCCGGUUAAGCGGACCUUCGAUAUUGGGCGUAGUGGUGGUCAUGAUGAUAGAGGGUCAGCUGGUAGAGGUAGAGAUAGUUUUAGUGGUGGGAGUAGAGGUAGUGAUUUUGGGGGUAGGAGAAGCGAUUUUAGUCAUUCGAAUGGCGGUGGUAGAGGUUUUGAUGCAAGGAGGGGUGGCGGUAGAGCAGGAGGAGGAGGGAGAGGUUUUGAUGGGAGAGGUGGUGGGAGAGGUUUUAGCAGUGGGCCUCCUGGUAGAGGAGGAUUUGGUGGUGGGCGAGGUGGGGGGAGAGGACGAGGAGGCGAUGAUUUGGAUUCGAUGGCACUUCCCAAACAAGAGUUUAGGAACUUGGUUCCCUUUGAGAAGGAUUUCUACUUGGAGAGUUCAUCGGUACGAGCUAUGUCUGAUCAAGAGGUGAUGAUGUAUCGAGCUAGUCGGGAUAUCACUGUGGAAGGGCACGAUGUCCCUCGGCCUAUUCAGUCGUUUCAUGAGGCUGGACUCCCUGCUUAUUGUCUUGAUGUCAUGGCUAAGUUGGGGUUUCUUGAGCCUACUCCAAUUCAAUCUCAGGGCUGGCCAAUGGCUCUAAAAGGUAGAGAUCUGAUUGGCAUUGCUGAGACUGGGUCCGGGAAGACAUUGGCUUAUUUGAUGCCUGCUCUGGUGCACGUUAGUGCUCAGCCGAAAUUGGAAUACGGUGAUGGUCCGAUUGUAUUAGUAAUAGCUCCCACUCGAGAAUUGGCUGUGCAAAUACAAGAGGAAGUUCUGAAAUUCGGAUCUCGUGCUAAUGUUAGGAGUACUUGCAUUUAUGGGGGUGCUCCAAAAGGACCACAAAUCCGUGAUCUCAAAAGAGGUGUUGAGAUUGUGAUAGCUACACCUGGUCGAUUGAUAGAUAUGUUGGAAGCCCAACACACCAAUCUUAAAAGAGUUACAUAUCUGGUAUUGGACGAGGCUGACCGUAUGUUAGACAUGGGUUUUGAACCUCAAAUCAGGAAUAUAAUUUCCCAGAUCCGACCAGAUAGACAGACUUUAUACUGGAGUGCUACAUGGCCGCGAGAGGUAGAAUCCCUGGCAAGACAGUUUUUACGUAAUCCCUACAAGGUGGUUAUUGGAUCUCAAGAUCUGAAGGCUAACCAUUCUAUUUGUCAAGUUAUUGAAGUCAUGACUGAUUUGGAGAAGUACAACAGGUUAAUUAGUCUGCUUAAAGAAAUAAUGGAUAGGAGCAAAAUUCUUAUAUUUGUGGAAACCAAAAAAGGAUGCGACCAGGUCACAAGACAGUUGAGAGUAGAUGGAUGGCCAGCUCUGGCUAUUCAUGGUGAUAAAGACCAGUCCGAAAGGGAUUGGGUCCUGUCAGAAUUUAAAAGUGGCAGAAGUCCUAUAAUGAUUGCCACUGAUGUUGCUGCACGUGGUCUUGAUGUGAAGGACAUAAAAUGUGUGAUAAACUAUGAUUUCCCGACAAGCCUUGAGGAUUACAUUCACAGGAUAGGAAGAACUGGUCGUGCUGGGGCCAAAGGAACCGCCUACACAUUUUUCACUCACUCAAAUGCUAAGUUUACAAGGGAACUCAUUAAGAUAUUAAGAGAAGCAGGACAGAUGAUUCCACCUGCUUUGUCUGCAAUGGCCCAAUCGAGUGGCUCCAAUUUUGGGGGUGGCAAUUUCCGCUCAAGGGGUCGGGGAGGCUUUGGUAAUAGGUCUCAGAAAUCUGGAUCAAAUACUAUCCCUGUCGGCAGAAGAUGGUAGUUGAAGAAGUUUAGAGAUGAGUUUCUCUCGGAGAACAACUCAUUAUGGUAUGCCAUCCAAUCCCUCUCAGCAGCCCGAAAACUGGAUCACUUAUCAUUGGUGGCUUCAAGUACUAGAUGAAAGUAGUCCCGACCAUCUUUUUGAGGAUAUACAAGUUACCUUAUACGGAGGUCGACACUCGUCUCUCCACUGUGUAGAAGCUGAUAUGAAGGAUACCAUUACCAUAUCUAUGUGUACCGGAUGCUCUAGUUAACUCACAAAAUGAUUGAUGUUCACCUGUUUUUAUUUAUUGCUCGGAAAUUUUAGGAUCAUUUAGCGAUGUAGAGCAGCACCUGAUUUUUUCUCUGCACCUGGGUUGUAAUCAGAAUAGAUGAGAUUUUCUUCUAUAUAUGUUAGUGCUUUUUGUUGGUUUGUUGCAAUGGUUUUCUUAGCUAACUAGUAUUUAUGUAUUGACUGAAUUCUGUGUUCCUGAUAAAUCAUAUUGUUUCCACUUACAGUUGA